AACAAGACGAGGUCCCACAGAAGAUGCAGAGGAUGGGCCAAGAGACCCACACUUCAACUUAUUCCAUAAUAACUAACUAGCGACGAGCGCGGAAACAAAACUAACACAUUUCAUUUCAAAGCAAUAUCCAAUUUCUCGAUCAAACCAAAACGCAUUGUUGCGUUUUCAUGAAAAUUCGUCACAAUGGGAAUUCCUCAAGCCAUGGUUGCUUUACACGAACGAGCAACGUUCGUUAAAGACUCGCUUCACAAAAGCCAAACCAUUACCGAUAACAUGGUUUCGAUUCUUGGUUCGUUUGAUCAUCGUCUUUCUGCGCUUGAAACCGCAAUGCGUCCUACUCAGAUUAAAACGCAUUCGAUUCGAAGUGCGCAUGAUAAUAUUGAUAAGACUUUGAAAGCUGCGGAGGUGAUUUUGGGGCAGUUUGAUCAGACGCGUAAGGCGGAGGCUAAAAUACUGCGAGGGCCACAUGAGGAUCUAGAAAGCUAUUUGGAAGCAGUUGAUCAGCUUAGAUCUAAUGUUCGUUUCUUCAGCAGCAAAAAGAGUUUCAAAAGCAGUGAUGGUAUUAUCAACCAUGCAAAUAGCUUGCUUGCUAAAGCUAUCUUAAAGCUGGAAGAUGAAUUUAAACAUCUUUUGACAAAUUACAGCAAGCCUGUGGAACCUGAUCGCCUUUUUGACUGCUUGCCAAACUCUCUAAGGCCAUCAGCGCAGCAGAAUGCCGGUGGCGGCGGCAAAAACCAUCCAGAAAAACAAAGCGUAGAAACUGUCACUUUCACCCUCCCAACACUUAUUCCCCCCAGAGUUAUACCAUUGCUUCAUGAAUUAGCACUACAAAUGGUUCAAGCGGGCCAUCAACAGCAGCUCUUUCGAAUCUAUACAGACACCCGUGCUGCAGUCCUGGAGACGAGUCUAAGGAAGUUAGGUGUAGAGAGGCUGAGUAAGGAUGAUGUUCAAAAAAUGCAAUGGGAGGUUUUGGAGGCUAAGAUUGGAAACUGGAUUCAUUACAUGAGAAUUGCUAUCAAAUUGUUGAUUGUCGGGGAAAAAAAAAUCUGUGAUCAAAUAUUUGAAGGACAUGAUUCUGUGAAAACUCAAUGCUUUGCUGAAGUCACUGGUAGCAGUGUGGCUAUGCUUCUUAGUUUUGGAGAGGCGGUUGCCAGAAGCAAGAGGUCACCUGAAAAACUAUUUGUUCUUCUGGACAUGUACGAGAUAAUGAGAGAACUUCAACCAGAGAUUGGGAUACUGUUUGAUAGUAAAGUUUGCGCUGAAAUGCGGGAAGCUGCAAUCAAUUUGACAAAGCGCCUUGCUCAGACAGCCCAAGAAACCUUUGGUGACUUUGAGGAAGCAGUUGAAAAAGAUGCUACUAAAACUGCUGUGCAAGAUGGAACUGUCCACCCUCUAACCAGCUAUGUUAUCAAUUACGUAAAAUUUCUCUAUGAUUAUCAAGCAACUCUAAAACAACUUUUUCAAGAGUUUGAUCCCGCCGAUCCAGAAUCUCAGUUAGCAUCUGUUACAACAAGGAUUAUGCAGGCUCUCCAGAAUAACCUAGAUGGAAAGUCUAAACUAUAUAAAGACCCAGGACUAACCCAGUUAUUUCUUAUGAACAAUAUUCAUUACAUAGUGAGAUCUGUGAGAAGGUCUGAGGCAAAGGACAUGUUGGGCGAUGACUGGGUACAAAUACACAGAAGAAUUGUACAGCAGCAUGCAAAUCAGUAUAAAAGGAUCUCUUGGGCAAAGAUCUUGCAGUGCCUCACUGUCCAAGGAGGUAAUUCAUCUGGUGGAGGGGACAGCAACAGUAAUAUUUCAAGAUCAUCGGUUAAGGAAAGGUUCAAGACAUUUAACACUCAAUUUGAGGAGCUUCAUCAGAGACAAUCUCAGUGGACUGUUCCUGAUAGUGAAUUGCGAGAAUCACUUAGACUGGCUGUUGCUGAAGUUCUGUUGCCUGCCUAUAGAUCUUUCCUUAAACGUUUUGGGCCCAUGAUUGAGAAUGGCAAAAAUCCUCAAAAGUACAUCAGAUACUCUCCUGAGAAUCUUGAACAAAUGCUCGGUGAAUUUUUCGAAAGCAAGGCAUGGAGUGAACAGAAGCGGUGAAAAUCGUUUCAUAGAUUAUUGUGGUUUUACAAACUUAGGUGCUCGUUAAGAUUUUGUCCAUGAUGUAAACGUAUUGUACAUUUAUUGUAUUCGAAUGUCUUUUUUGUGGACUUCAUAUGGGAUCACAUGUAGCCAUGUAAUAUUUUGUUCAUAUGCUUUUUUUAACUGCAUAAAUGUUCAUAUGCUAAACACAAUACACAUUAUCUUAA